AUGGCUGACCAAUUAACUGAAGAGCAGAUUGCAGAAUUCAAAGAAGCUUUCCCCCUAUUUGACAGGGAUGGGGAUCAGACAAUAACAACCAAGGAGCUGGGGACGGUGAUGGGGUCUUUGGGGCAGAAUCCCACAGAAGCAGAGCUGCAGGACAUGAUCAGUGAAGUAGAUGCCGAUGGUAAUGGCACAAUCAACUUCCCUGAAUUUCUGACAAUGAUGGCAAGAAAAAUGAAAGGCACGGACAGUGAAGAAGAAAUUAGAGAAGCGUUCCGUGUGUUUGAUAAGGACGGCUAUACUAGUGCAGCAGAGUUUCGCCACGUGAUGACAACCGUUGGAGAGAAGUUAACAGAUGAAGAGGUCGAUGGAAUGAUCAGAGAAGCAGACAUGGAUGGGGAUGGUCAGGUAAACUAUGAAGAGUUUGUGCAAAUGGUGACAGCGAAGUGA